UUGUCUUUUGUCGUUGUGUCGUUGUCAAUAAUUAGUUGUCAUCCAUCCCAUUGUUCGUAUUGUUUACGUCUUGUCAUCUCAGCAUUUCCCAUCCCACAAACAAAAACAUCAAAACUCUGUGAUCUUUACUUUAUACAAUUUCAGUUUUGUUCUGUGAUAAAUCUAUUUUUUUAGUAAUUGUUUUGUAAUAGGCCUAGGAUAGUAACUUACAUUAACCAUAACCACGUUUAAGUUACCACAGCCCUACUCACAAACGUAAAUGUAUUUUGCUCAGCAAUGAAAGAUGAAAGUAUAAUAUAUCUGGACUACAACUCCACGACUCCCGUUGCCUCUGAGGUAGUGUCAGCUAUAACGGAGAGCCUCCAGCGAGACUGGGCCAAUCCUAGCUCGGCCUCCGCUGCCGGACAUCGUGCCAGAGAGACCAUUCAUCGUGCUAGAGCUGCUGUUGCUCGUCUUAUCAACGCAGCUGAUGCAGCUGACAUUGUAUUUACCUCCGGGGGAACCGAGAGUAACAACAUGGCGAUACACAGUACUGUAGAGUGGGGAAGACAAUUCAUCACAACCCCUCAUGUUGUCAUGUCCAAUGUAGAGCAUGUGGCCACAGUGGAGCCUGUCAGGAGACUAGCUGACAAAGGGGUUAUAAGCUACACAGAGGUUGCUGUCAACAGUGAUGGCUGUCUGGAAGCUGCAGAUGUAGUGGCUGCUGUCAAACCAGACACUGUUCUGGUCUCUGUCAUGAUGGCCAAUAACGAGACUGGAGUUGUGUUUCCCAUUAGAGAAAUAGCAAGGCUGUUGAAGAGAGUGAAUGACAGUUGCAAACACAAAGUGUGGCUCCAUGUAGACGCAGCACAAGCAGUGGGCAAACUACCAGUUGAUGUGCGUUAUCUGCAAGUGGAUUACCUGACCAUAGUAGGCCAUAAGUUCUAUGGUCCACGUAUUGGUGCUCUUUACGUCCACCGCAAUCUGGGUGCCCCUGUCACCCCUGUGGUAUGGGGAGGAGGACAAGAGGUUGGGCUGAGACCUGGUACUGAGAAUACCCCUAUGAUAGCUGGGCUGGGCCAGGCUGCUGCCCUGGUGGCGGAUAACCUUCAGACAUACACUGACACUAUGAGAAACACCAGAGAUUACCUUGUAAAACAACUUCAGGAGCAGACAGGCUGUGUGGUGAACUGCUGCCAAUCACCUCGUCUGCCCAACACUGCUAGUAUGUCUUGGUCCCAGUGUACACUCAGUGGUAGUGAACUGUUAGCUCAGUGUCCCACACUGGUCGCCAGCACUACUGCAGCUUGUCACGACCAGACGCAACUCUCAUCGGUACUACUAGCUUCUGGUGUACCUGAGAAUUUGGCUUAUUCAACUAUAAGGCUCAGUGUCGGCAGAGAGACAACUUGUGCGGAUAUUGACAAAGCUGUUGAGGAACUUGUGAAGGCCUUGAAACAAACUACCAGUACUGAAUCUUCCAUAUCUUCAUAGCUACCUAGUAAUGUGUACUGCUUUUGGGUGAAAAUUAGUGUUUUGUUUUCGGUAUUUUUGUUUUUAAGUACAGUGUUAGAAGCUGUGAGAUAACUUGUUUACCCACCAUUUACUUCACAAUACAAUUUCUAAUCUUGAUUUUAAAUUACCUCAAUAAUUAAAGGGGGACUUUACAUUGACGUAGCUGCUACUUUUCUUUUUGUCAGUCAUUGACUUGGGAUACUGCAAGUAUACUUUGUAUCCUAUUUUAAAAUCUGAUGCCUUUUUUGACGUUGUUUCAUGCUUGCUCUUGUUUGUGUUUCCUGAUGAUGGCAAAAUGUUUACCCUUAUUUUCAAAAUUAAUACUUUAAUAAUCAAUAAAAUAAGUGAAAAUACUUAACUUGCACUUUAUCAUAACUUUUGCUCAUUUCAAAAAAUGUUGAAGUAUUUUUUUGCUUCACAUUUUGCUUGAAUUAAACCAAAGAAAUGGAGUACAGUUUUGAGCGUGAAAAAACUAAGUUGUGUUCUGUUGAGUUUUGUUACUUUAUUCAAUCCUAAAUGUACAACUGUUUUUGUUUCUUUAGUUGAUGGUGUGUAUUUAGAAGGAACACAGGGUUUUGAGAUUGUCUCAAGAUCAAAAGAAAAGCCAGGCGAUACCAUUCUGCAUCUCUCUUUAUGGCACCAUGUAGCUUCACGACACCCUAGUGACUGUUCAAUGGGAAACCAUUCAACGUUGGGCGAGAGAAAUGAACAAAAUCAUUUCAUUUCUGACAAAGUCACUAGACUCGCCUCUGUCGAAGGUCGAUCAGAUCCAAGGAAAUACAACAGAAUAUUUCAAUUUGAGAAAGAGAAUUGUAGAAAAACUGGUCCAAAAUCACAGAAGGUUUCUGGAGUUGUGUGGCCAGCUAUCAAAAAUAAAUGAUGCAACCUUUGUCUUGUUUAGGCCAAACAUGGACGGGUCUGUGUUUGAUAAUGUGUAAGAUAAAAUUUUGCAGCUUCAACAAAUCAUCAGCUUCACUUAUCAGUUAUUUUCUUGUAAACACAAUACAAGUAACCAAGACAAUUAUUAAUCGGCAAUAAUACUCCAUAUGCAUAGAAAUAAUAAUAUACUCAAUUUAAUUAUAUAUAUUCUAUAUAUCUAUCUAUACUUAUUUAAUACGCAAGCAGGUUUUUUGUUACAAUUACUCCUCCGAAGCUACUGAAUCGAUUGACAUGUUUUUGUGAGAGUAUGUACAAUAAGAAAUAAUUGUAAGAGUUACUGUGAUAAAAGGAUUUAAAAUUAGAAAAUAACAUUGCAAAUACUUCUUUUGAACAAUAAUUCAGUAACUCCCAAUAAAUGUGUGUUGUUUAAAAUACAAUUUAAAAAUUCACAGCUGUUUCAUUAAAAAAGUACUAUCCACAUGGCCAACAUGUAAAGAAAUCUGUGGAGGGAUCUUUAAAGGCUUCUGGGGCAGAGCCUUGAGGGAAUUUACUUCAUUUUUCUUUUGAUAACUCAUCUACAGACCAAGACCUUUCUUUGGACACCUCUACCAAGUUUCUACGCCCAGCCGUUCUCUCAAAUUAGUGGAGACAAAGUUCACAAUUAAAUAUUUAGAUUCCCCAAUGUUAAUCUUAUGGGAGAAAACUCAACUUUGAUGGAAGAACCUGCCCAAACUAAUACAGAUUUCAAAAAAUGAAAAACACUUAGCUAAACUACAGAUCAGGGCCAUUUUUUUUUACACCUUAAGAAUUAAAAUCGGUCCAAAAAUGUGGCUGUGGGAUGAGUUCUGUUUACAAAAAUCGGCUAAGCGUAUUGUAUUGUCCCUACAUGCCACUAGUUAUAUACAUUACAACGGAAUGUUAUAUUUUAGCAAUAUUUCUUUAUAGCAAUCUUCUGGAGAAGAAGAUGAGGACCAAGCCUUGCCUGCACCAAGGAAUGUACUCCCUCAAGAUCAGCCUUACUAUGACAACUACAAGGGUGUCCCAACAACCCAUAGGCCGGGGGAGGUAAUUCCCAUGGAAUUCAUUGAAAGGCAGGCCCAGGACCUCCUUUUGGCAAUUGGCA